AUCGAACGAAUUACUGCUAUUGCGACUACGACUGCGACUGCGCCGCGAUUCGAGUCAAUCCUAUACCAUACUAGACUAGUCCGUCGUACUACCACGAGACAGCACCGUUUUACAUCAGCCUUUGUUACGAGAAGGGAGCAAGGCAGACAAAGAAGCCAAAUGGCAGACGACGCAGGUCACUCGGACGCUCAAGCGCCACAAGCAGACCACGAAAAAGGAGAGGGAAAAACGACGCCAACUUCGCCCCCUCCACCUCCGAUUCCUUCGGCAGACCCGAGAUUAUUACGGCAAGCCCGGACGCCGCCCCCGCUCCACGUUGCUCCGAGCCCGUCCUCCCAUGACCUCUUCAAACUCACACCGAUCGCGGCCCUUAAGCUCCUAUGCGCUGGUGUCGAAGCCCUCGUUCGAAUUACAGGCGACAUACCACCAACGCCUCCUCCCACGAGCCCGACUAUUCCUAAUAUGCGUAGUAUGCAGAGGGAGAAGGCAGAGAUUGUCCGUUCUUUAUCAGAAAGGAGCUUAACCCGGCUACGAGAGCAAGCCGAAGCCCAGGAUAGGGCUCAGGCUCAGAAUUCGGCUGCGGGUCGGACGACAUCUAAUCAACUCAUUGACGGCGUCCACCUGAAACAAACGUCGUCGUCGCCGAAAAGCACCCCCGAACCAUACAUCAUCAUCGGUGAAAAUUCCAAGCCCCUCAACCAACAACACAGCGCCAUCACCCGGAAAUUCUUUAGUAAAAAGCCACCACCAAUUAGCAUUGAGGAUUAUUUAUUACGGAUACACCGAUUCUGUCCCAUGUCGACGGCUGUGUAUCUGGCAACAUCAUUCUACAUCUUCCGACUCGCUGUAGAAGAACGUGCUAUUCCUGUUACGCGAAGGAAUUGCCAUCGUCUACUCUUAGCUGGCUUGAGGGUAGCGAUGAAGGCGCUCGAGGAUCUGAGUUACCCGCAUGCUAAGAUUGCGCGGGUUGGUGGCGUGACCGAGAACGAAUUAGCGAGGUUGGAGAUCAGUUUUUGUUUCCUGACAGGGUUCGAAUUGAUCAUCAGCGAGGAGGUUCUGAGGAAUCAUUGGGAAACGUUGAAGAAAAGCUAUGGCUUGAUAACUGCACAGGGCGCCCUGUCAGAUGAUGCGAUACCGACGCUGAAACUAGAUGCACUACCAAAGAAGGGAUAAAGCUGAAUCUGAGCAAUCCAAAUUACUUCUUAGUUGGCCUCUAAUUACUAAUAUCCAAAUCAAGCGAUUCUUUCAGACAAGAGGUUACGCAGUUCGACUGGAGAUAUUGAGGCCAGAUUUAAACCCGG